AUGACAGCUCAUGGCUAUACAACAGGACAAAAAAAAGGUUUUUCGUUUGGUUUGUUUGCCUCUUUAGCAGUGCUUUUGUUCGCUCCAAAUGGAGUGAACCUGUGUAAUAGCGACUUCAUAGUUAACAAUGAUGAAAAAGAAAUCUCAAGUUUGCAAGAUGAGGUGAAAAAAUGCAAAGAGGAGAAAAGGAAACUGCUUAAUGAAGUCGAACAACAUGAUGAAAAGAUUAAAUUGUUGCAAAUAGAGGAAAUUGGUAGUUUGGAUAAAGAUGUUGGUAAGGAAGACGUGGAAGAUUUGCUGAAGAAAAGUGACAUUCGCUGUGAAGUAACUGAAAGAAAAAUGGGCGAAGAAAUUGAAGUCUUAAAAGACAGUCUUGCAGCUGUUAUUUCGGAAAAGGAAAAUAUGAUAAUUGAAAAUAAAAAACUUUUAAUCGAAAUUAAAACGUGUAAAUCGGAGAUGAGUCUGUUGAAGGAAACGUUAAGGUCAAGUGAGUGCAUGUUGAAAGACAGCGAAGCUCGUGCACUUAAACUCGAAGCAGAAUGCGAGAAGAAAUUGAAAGAAAAGGAAAAUUUAAGCAGCGAUUUAUCUGAAAUGACCACGGAGCUUAUUCAAAAGCAAUCCAACAUCAAAGAUCGUAUAUCUAGUAUAUCUAGUGGGGUAAGACUUGAGGAAGAUUUACUUAAAGCUACUAUAAACUAUGAGCAGACCACAGCAGUGCUGAAGGAAACAAUGAAAACUUUACAAGAUGCGCAACUAACUUUAGAAGAGAAGACCAAAGCACUUCAAAGAUUAGAAGAAAAUUUAAAAACUGCAGAUAGUUAUUCAGACGAGAAGGAGACGUUUCUGUUAAAUUUGAAAGAAAAGGAUGCGCUCAUAGACGAGAAAUCAUCUUUAAUUAUAAAACAGACCGCGGAGUUAGAAACGUUGGUGGAAUCAAAAAAGGAGUUGAUCAAAAAACAUGAACUCUGCGAACAACGGUUGAAAGAAGAGUUUGACAAUCAGAUCGAAUUCAUUCGCGAAGCAGUGAACGAGAAAGAAAAAGAGUUGAGUCGUGUUCAGCAAGAUGAAGUGAACGCGCUUUUGUUCAAAUUACAAGACAAACAAGAGGAAGGCGAGAGUAACGAGAGAGAAAGAAUGCGUCUGAACAAAUUGAUCGGAGAAAACGCGUCGCAAAUUUGCGAACUUAAAGACUGUGUCGCGGAGAAGACCCAAAAGCACGAGGAUAUUAUAAAUGAAAAUGUGGAGUUGAAUGAACGAAUUACGCAAAUGGAGUCGGUGAUGGAAAGUUUGAACGACGAUUUGAACGUAAAAGAGUCACGUAUAGUUGAUUUGGAAUCAAAAUUGAAGAUGGAAAUUGGCAGUGCUGGUGAGUCUGAUGCGACGGACGAGAAAGAUACACUCGUGGCGGAAAAGGAUGAGCUUCAGAUGGAGUUGCUUCGUGUACAAAACGAAUUAGUUUGCGUAAGGGAGGAGUUGCGUUCGAAAAAUGAAGAUGUUGUCGAAAGCAUGAAUAGCAAACAUACAAUUGAAGUUGAUGAGCUGAAUAAUCGGAUUUGUGUCUUGAAAAAAGAUUUGGAAAGCAUAACCUUGCAGAAGGGUGGUGUCGAGAAAGAAUUGGUGUUGAGUCGUCAAAAAAACGAGCUUUUGAACGAAAUGAAUAAACGAGAAACUUCUGAUACUGUUGAUGAAAAUGAGAUGAAAAAUGAUAGUUUGGAUACUCAGUCAAUAGAGGCACGGUCGCGGUUUCAGUUUAGCUUUUUCUUUGCCUAUUCUGAUUACUUGUGCUUGCAAACAUUAGCAAGAAUACUUAAAACAAAAGACCACUCGGAGACAGUAUGUAACCCCGUCGAAGAUUGCUAUUACCUAGGUAUUUGA